AUGGCGAGGCUGCAACCCGACACCUUCCUGCCUCCGGGCGCCCGUUCAAGCGAUGCCCUGACUUUACCUGCCAUUCGGCCGGCGGACCAGACCGACCUGAGCCGUAGCAGUCGCGAGUCGCUCUCGUCGCAUUCCGUCGCCUCACCUCUCUCCCUCCCUCUCUCGCGCGUCACAAGCCAGACGGGCUAUUUCGACACCAAGAUGACCAACACGUCCAGUUCCAUCAGCUACUCUCCCCUCUCCUCAGGUGCCGUCCGUCACACACCCAACCUACAGAGCUUCCUCUCGCCGCAGGCCCAACCCGUGCGGUCCGUCCCCGGCCUCGAACACGCGUCUGUUCAGCGCCGUCACAGCAGCUUGUCGCCGCCCGUCAACCGUGCGAGGCUGGACAGGAAGACCCUUUCCGCCGCCACCUCACCAAACAUCCAUCCCGCCUCCAUGAACAGCGGCAAUGCCUAUGCCCUGUCCAUCCCGUAUUCGCAAUCACAACCGCUCCCGAGGUCUAGCUCUGCCGAUGCCUCAUCGGCUUCUGCCGCCGCCCAGACGAUUCGCCGCCUGACUCAGCAAAACAGCCGCAUUCGCGAGGCCUGGGAGGCUGAGCGUAAAUACAUGGAGGCCAACCGGGAACGCAUAGAGGAGGUGUACAAGGAGGAACGCGUCAUCAUGGAAGAAGAGCGAACCGAGUGGGAUGCAGAGAAGAGUGCUAUGCUCCAAGAGAUCCAACAGCUCCAAGAGCGAGUCGCAGGCCUCGAAAGUAACACUGUGCAACUUCAGGGCAUGGUGCAGCGGCUAGAACUCGAACGCGCCGGAAAGGUCGCCGCUGUCAGCGUGGCCAUCCCCGGCGUCCGCCCCGGUGGAGACGGUUCCACCGACUUCCCUCUCUCGCUCUCAAGCGCCAGUGCCUCGGCAACCGAUGGACGCCACUCUCGUGGCAUUGAACUCGCCGGCACGGCUCUCUCGAACUUCAACCCUCUCUAUCCCUCUUCACAAUCAUACCUCUUCAGCCCCGGCGGUUCACGCAUCUCACCCUCCAAGCAACCCACGGUCACGACCUUUGUCCCUCUCGACCCCAACAUGCAACCGAUGAAGUCACCUACCGUUGAUUUCCUCGCUUCUCCCACGAGUGAAGACGUGCCAGUCGUCGACAUUCAGACGAUUCACCCUGAGCUCGAAGGAAUCUCCGUCAGAGCACCCGCUGUUCAGAAGGAAACGUUCACCGACUCGGGGACCGAUGACUCCAAAACGUCUUCACGUAACCCCUCACCACCUGGCGAGUCAGGCAUUCCGCUAGGCAGGCGGGCCUCGUCCAAGGACCACACUUUGCAGGUUCUGUCCGCUCCAGUCACGGACCGACUCGUCAUGCAUGCUGGCCACACUCCGAACCACUCUCUAUCGCAUUUGCCUACGGCUGCAGCAACUGAAACUGCCACCGUUGCAGGCGAAAGCACCAGCCCUACGCCCACUUUCGGGCAGACUAAUGCGGCGCCAGCGCUGUCUCUUGACAUUGGGGCGUUAGGUCGACGGACUCGCAGAAUUGAAGACUCGGUGGCUUUCGAGCUUGAAGCCUCGGCGGAGGAUCACCCUGAACCCAUUCUGGAAGCACCGGCCGAAGACAUCAAAUUGAAGGGCCCUCUCAUGAUCCGCAACAUUCCCGCGCAUGAUGAGAUUUUCUUGAGGCGACUGUCGGAAAAGCUGGAGGAUGUUAGUCGAGGGCAAGACUCAACACCAGUCUGCCUCCAGGACGAUUUGGACGAAGCAGCAGAGGAGCCGAAGGACAAGGCACAAGCUGGACUCGAAAACAAGGGAGCCGGCGAUGCCAGCGCUGUCACUGAUCAUGACAGCGAGUCCGAGUCGCCGCAAGACAAGGACGUGGAAGUCGACGUCCCUUUGAAGCUCAAGAAGACAACAAAUUUCGGUGCGCCGCUGGGCACCGCCUUUUAA